AUGACUCGUUGUCUGCAAUAUCUCCGUCGUUUGGCACUGGCAACCCUGGGAUAUCCGGUUCCAUCCCGACUUGUGCCUCAGAGGAGCAACGGUCCCAAUCUUGGCGUUGGCUACCUUCUGAUCGAAUAUAUUGAAGAAGACCAAGGAACGAUGCUUUCGAAUACCUGGGAUGAGAGAUACCAGGACACACAGCUACGAACUAAUUUCUUUGGAAGCCUGUCUCGAGUCUUACUAACCAUCGCCCGGGUCCCUGUACCGCGGAUCGGCUCAUUCACUAUCGACGACGACGGUGUCUUGGCCCUGAAUAACCGGCCGUUGACUCUUGAAGUCCACGAACUGGAGAAUGAAAAGAUUCCGGUGGAUAUUCCCCGUGGUUUUACAUACACUUCUGUCGACUCAUACAUAGUCGAUACUCUUGCCUUCCAUGAUAGUCGCCUUCGUCAUCAACCAAAUGCGGCUACCAACGAACAGGAUUGCGUCUAUCAGAUGUCGGCCUUGUCCACCAUGAAAAUGGUUUUUCCUCAGUUCUUCCGACGUGACCUGCGCCGUGGCCCUUUUGUCUUUUGCUUGACAGAUAUUCACCAGAGCAACAUCCUAGUUGAUGCUGACUGGAACAUCAAGUGUUUGAUUGACCUGGAGUGGGCAUGCUCACGGCCAAUCGAGAUGCUACAUCCUCCGCGCUGGCUCACGAAUCGAGCAAUAGAUGAGAUGGAUGCCGUCGAGUACGCCCAGAUCCACAGAGAGUUCAUGGAAACUUUAGAGAAUGAAGACAGACCGCUUGACGCAUGCACUACGAUCUCAUCCGUAUUAAGAGAGGGCUGGGAAAGGGGUACGUUUUGGUAUACAGCAGCUCUUCGGAGUCCCACUGGUCUCUUUCGCGUCUUCUACGAUCAUAUCCAGCCAAGGUUUGCAAAGGGGCACGAAAAUGAUGAGAAUUUCUAUCAAGUUCUGAUGUACUACUGGACGGAAAAGACGUGGGAGUUCAUCCGAGAGAAAGUGAGAGACAAGGCUGAGUAUGACAAGCGACUUCGAGAUGCGUUUAAUGAUUAA